UUACGUGUUAUGAAACGGAAGGCGGCGACGCUAUCGGCUAUAGUAGUACUACUAUGGAUGGCGUACGAUAUAGCGUAGCAGCAUAGUACAGGAGACCUUGAAGGUUCUAAAUCAACAGUGGAUUUGAGCAUUUUUCGAACCCGCGCGACCAACAAUCGGAUCAUUUUGUUUUUAAUGAUAAUUUUUUCCUCUUCAUUUUUUUUCAAAACGACGCGCUCGUCUGUGCCUAUAUGAGUGCGUGAGCAAGAGUACGCGCGGUGUAGGUGAGAGUACGAUUAGUCUCCCGACAUUUGCUGUACUUGAACAAUGAGCGUGGCGGUUAAUACAUCACCGGCAGGUGCCAUUGGGAAUCAAGGCAGCUGGAAACGUAGAGCUUCGGAUGAUGAAGACAACAGAGGGGCUGAUGUUAAGAAAGCCAGGUAUUCAUGGUACGUUACCUUGGAGAGUGAAUCUCCUGUACCGACAGAUGAAGACGAAGAGUCUAUAUACACAGAACAAGGCCAUGAAACUGAAUAUGCAAGGGAUACUUCAGAUACAUCGACACAUACAUAUUAUAGCAGCUCCAAUAGUGAAAGUGAUGUAGCAUUCCAAGUGCAGUAUGAAUUAGCCCCCAGUUCAGAUAAUGAUGAACAAUUUCAUUCUAUAUCUGGAUCCUCUUCGUCAGGUCCAGAAGAGAAUAUUAUCGCAGUUGAAAUUGUAAAUCACUUUUCUAACUGCGAUGGGCAUGCUGAUGACAGUGAUGACUCUAGAAGUUCUAUGGAUAGUGAAGUGAAGAAAUCAUUUUUUAGAACAUGUGUGCAAUGUAAAGGUCAAAAUCACAAUCCGUUAUUUCAGUUCUGUGAUAAAUGCUAUCAGCUGAGGAAAUCAUAUUAUCCAAGGGAAAGACCAAGACGAAAACCCCGAGCGCAGAAGAAGCCAACGGCAAAGAAGCAACGGAUCACAACCAUGUCCUCGCAAGAAAUGUACGGCAUAGAUUCAGGUAUUGGAUCGGGUGCUAGUCAGGAGCUCAUCUGUUUGCAAAGUAGUGACACAGUGAUGAACUUCGAAUCAUCGCCCUCGGUUAUGUCGACGUCAUACUCGCAAAUCAGUACGAUGGCCUCCAGUACCAUCCUGUGCUCGCAGAGCAGCGACAUGACCGUCAUGUCCGUUGAGAGAGACGAAGCGGAUUCUGGGACUGCUUCCAAGGAGUGCGAUUCUGAUAUCGGCUCUAUCGACAGUGACCACGGGCUGUUGGAUUUAACCAAAGAGAAGACAAAAAUAUCUCCAUUAAAAAGACCUUUAUCAUCAGACAAGCAACCAUCGCAAAGCUUGGACGUUUUGUGUAACAUGUGCGUUGAAAGAACUGCAAGCGGAAUAUUUCAUCACGGGAAAUCAGCUCAUCUUUAUGGUUGUUAUGAUUGCGCCAAGAAAACCUACAGAAUUAAUGGCAAUCGAUGCCCUGUCUGCAAUAGAAAGUCCAACAAACCCGCCAAGCUCUUUCUCUAGAAAAGACGCCUCGUAGGUUUUUAUAAAAAAAUCAUUUCUUUUUAUACCAGUUUAAUACUUAAGCUUAAUUUUACCUUUGAAAAAUAUGCUCUGCGAUAGAUGAGCUGAGAAAACUUACGAAGUCGACAAGGAGUACAAAUAUUUUACAAGAUUUUUUUCGCUUUAUUUCAUUAUACACUAUAAAUGAAAGAGAUUUUUACAAAGCGGAAAAAUUUUUUGAGGAAGAUGGCAUGAAUUUUAUAUGAUAGUGAAAAUCGUGUGUUCAUUGAUUUAUAUUUUGAAAGCAAUAAAAUGGACAGGCUUGUGUCGAAUGAUUAUUUAGAGAUGUAAAUAGAAUUAUGGAACAAUUUAAAUGUAAAACUUUCUUGUGAUUUGGAAGGAUUUGCGCUAAAUUGCUUCUAUUCUUAUCUGUAAAUAGAUGAUUUAUUGAUACCUUUGAGUUUUAUUGAUUUAUUGAUCAAGAGUAGUUGAACUAGACUUGAAUUCUUGAAAGUCGAA